ACGAGCGGGGCGCAUACAAGGGAAGUGGCGCUGCAGCCGGUGUCUGCGGCCAUUUGUUCUGAAGAAGCAGCGAGCGCUCCUCUACAAUGUGCACCAGCGUACAGCCCAUUGAAUGGACCACAGACCUUAAGAACCAGAAUUAUGAUGGAAUUUUGUUGGUGACUCAAAGCUAUGAGACCUUGUCCCCUCAAUUGGAGUGUCUCAAAGCUCCACUGCAGGAUUACAGCUCUGUGGACAGUGGAUUGGGUGAUGAGGUUGUGGUCCUGAAAGUGCCGGGCCUUCCUGGAAAUAGACUUCUGUUUGCGUCCACUGGCCCAGUGAACCGAGACUAUGACGACGUCCGCCGCUUUAGUGAUGCGGCAGUCAAUGGCAUUAAGCGGUCUCUUAAGACUGGUAUGCAGCGCCCCCUGUUGGUGUGCCCUGAACAUCCAGAGUAUAAGAAGAGCACAUUGGUGGCUGCUCUGGGGGCCCUUCAUGCACUCUACAUGCCAUUGGAGGUGAGAGAGAGCAAUACCAAGCCCAGUGACUAUAAGGCAUGUGUUCUGGGCUUGUGGGUGCCCGAUGACUCUGAGGGCAAGAAGUUGGUGCAACUCGCUGAAGCUAUGGAGAGCGGCAGAGUGGCAUAUCGUGACAUUGGCGGCUCUGACCCAGAACGCAUGGCUGCUCCUCGUGUGGCUCAAUAUGUCCAGGAGUUGUUCAAGGACAGCCCUGUACAGGUGGAGGUGGUGAGUGAUGUGAACAUUCUGGAGAAAGAGUAUCCGUGCCUUGCUGCAGUUAAUCGAUGUGCAAACUGCGUCCCUCGUCACCAGGGAAGAGUAAUUAAAUUGCAGUACUGUGGAGAAGGCCCAGUUACAACCACUUUGAUGCUGGUUGGAAAAGGUAUCACAUAUGACACUGGUGGAGCUGACAUCAAGGCUGGAGGAUUCAUGGCUGGAAUGCAAGACAAGUGUGGAGCCGCUGCCGUCGCAGGAUUCUUUCAGAUCUUGGCCAAACUGAAGCCGAAACAUCUGAAGGUUAUUGGUUCCAUGGCGAUGGUCAGAAACAGCGUGGGCUCAGAUUGUUAUGUGGCUGAUGAGCUGCUGGUGUCUCGAGCUGGCCGCAGAGUGAGAGUGGGCAACACUGAUGCUGAAGGACGCAUGGUGAUGGUGGAUCUGCUCUGUGAGAUGAAAGAAAAGGCCUUGCGUGAGGUCUCCCCUCAGCUGUUUACUAUUGCUACUCUGACUGGACAUGCCAUUAGAGCCAUGGGCCCUAACUACUCUAUUAUUAUGGAUAACGGUCCAGCUCAUCGCUCUGGAAAUGCUGCUCAGUGGCAGAAAGCUGGGGAGGUGCUCGGCGAUGAGUUUGAGGUGUCCCGUAUCAGACGAGAGGACUAUGAGUUCCAUAAGGGAAAGUCUGAGUACGAGGAUAUUCUACAGUGCAACAACCUGCCUUCAUCAGCCACUCCUCGCGGACACCAGACGCCUGCAGCCUUCCUCAUUAUGGCCUCUGGGCUUGAUAAGCAUGGAGUGGAUUCUGAUGCACCUCUCCCAUUCUCACACAUUGAUAUUGCUGGGUCCAGUGGUCCUUUUCCCGGUGUGCCAACAGGUGCCCCAAUCCUUGCAAUGGCUACCAACUAUAUCCUGGGAGGCCAAUUUUAAACGUUUCCGUAAGGGCCCUAAUAAAGUCCGUCCACAAUUAAAAUGAUAAAAAGGAAACUCCAAACAGCUACACAAUACAGUGUACACCCUGCAAUACCUCAGCUUGCUCACUCAUAAAACCAACUAAAUCUCUUUGAAGUGACCUAAAGUGUUUAGUACUCAGGGGUUCAAUGACCAUGUCAAAUAUCAACUUUGUAUGUGUUUAUAAUGUGCUAAAUAAAUGUGGACAUGACCAUUCAUACAA